GGAAUGGGCGGAACUACAGUAUGGCGCGGACUUCAGAAGCUAUGGUAGAGAGACUUUGAGCUCAGAUCGAUCUGAAGUGUAAAUCUGAUUAUAUAGAGUCAGGUAUUGAUCUCGGGAGAUUCUCAGCAAACUACCCUCGACCCCUUUUCGAAGCGCGUAUGGGUCAGUAGAUAUAUAAUGGUUGAUUAAUGUGGAAGAGGACGGGAAUUGCGGUUUUAAGAUGGAAGACAUGGAGGUGGAUGUGCAGUUAGGAGCAGCAGGGGCAGCUGUUAGUUCUGUAGGGGUGGAGGUGCCGAUAGUCAUUCCUGACUCUGGGAGCAGCACAGAAGUAGAGGAGGAUGAAGAUGGUGAUAGACAGCUUGAAGGAAGAAGCACUGUCCCAAUAGAGAGGCCACGACUUGCAUCAACUCAGGCUGUCAGGAGAAGACGGAGAGCUAGGCCAGGAUUGCGGUUCCAGUACUCGACUCAGACUACACUUCUAAACAGAGGCCCUUUAGACUUCUUGCUCAGGGUUUCAGCAGGGAGUGACACAGAACCAAUCUCAGGCAGCACAGAGGAGGUGAGUGACUCUGAGGAAGAAGGACAAAAUGGACAGAGCGCAAAUUCUGGACAGUCUUCAGAACCUGCCCCUGUGUCUAACUCCAGCCAGCAGGCUCCAGUGGUGGCUCCUCUACUUCAGGAACCCAGUGCAACAGGUCCUGUUGUUUCUGCUGAUGUUGAGAGGACAGAAGCCCCAGUUCAGUCUGAACCCAAGACUGAUUCAGCUCCAGCAGCAGCUGCUGCAACUACUGCCUCCUCAACUGCUGUGGAUGAAAGUGAGGAAGGAGAGGGUGAGACCUGCUCCAUAUGCUUCGAACCUUGGACCACUGCGGGCGAGCAUCGUCUGGCUACUCUGCGCUGUGGCCACCUGUUCGGCUUUACUUGUAUUGACAGGUGGCUGAAGGGCCAAGGAGCCAAAUGCCCACAGUGCAAUAAGAAGGCCAAGCGAACUGACAUAGUCUUGCUUUAUGCACGGAAACUGAGGGCACUGGACAACACAGAACAGGAGAGUUUAAAAAGAUCAUUAGAGCAGGAGCAGAGCUUAAGGAGGAAGGCUGAAUUAGAAUCUGCUCAGUGUCGCCUGCAGUUGCAGGCAGUAUCAGAUGAAUGUGGGAAACUCAGACGAGAGGUUAAGGAGUUACGGAUGUUGAUGGGACAGACUGCCUCUAGCUCCUCUCAGUCCCAGGCGUCCACUUUGUCACUGUCUCAGAGACAGGAGUCCUCUAGCGGAGGACACUAUGCCUUCUCCAAAGCUGUUCUCGUGUCUCAGGCUGGAGGCUGUCGUGUGUUGUCUUACUGUGAGCCCCUUAGCUGCCUCUUGGCCUCUCAACCCUCCCCUCACUCUACUCUAGUACCUGGGUAUGGGGUGAAGAAGAUUAGUGCUGUGAAUCUGAAAGCCAGUCAUUAUGUCCCUAUCCACGCUAAACAGAUCAGAGGCCUUUCUUUUAACAGGCAACAGGAUAGCCUGUUGCUCUCAGCUGCUCUCGAUAACACUGUCAAACUCACCAGCUUAUGGACAAACACUGUGGUUCAGGCCUAUAACACUGGUAAACCUGUCUGGAGCUGCUGCUGGUGCCAUGACAACAACAAUUACAUAUAUGCUGGCCUAAGCAAUGGCUCUGUGCUGGUGUACGACACCCGGGACACCAGCACUCAUGUGCAGGAGCUUGCCCCAGUACGCUCCAAUUGUCCAGUUGUGUCUCUGUCCUACCUUCCCCGUGCUGCUUCCAGUCUCUUUCCCUGUGGUGGCAUCAUUGCUGGCUCUCUUGAGGGAGCCUGCUUCUGGGAGCAUGUCGAUGGCACUACCUACAGACCUCAUGUUCUGCCUUUAGAGUCUGGGGGCUGCACAGAUAUACAGGUGGAACCGGAGAGCAGACACUGUCUUGUCACCUACAGACCUGGCCGUGCAAACCCUUCUCUUCGCUGUGUUCUGAUGGACCUGAACCGAAGCCCCCACACUGAUUCCUCCCAGGCACCUGUCUGCUCUUGCUCUCCAGUCCAGACCUUCACUGCCGGCUCCUCCUGCAAGCUGCUCACAAAGAAUGCCGUGUUUAAGAGCCCAGCUGGUGAGGGAUCCACACUUGUGUGUGCAGGAGACGAGGCAUCCAAUUCAACCAUGGUGUGGGAUGCUAGUAGUGGUGCCUUGCUUCAAAAGCUGCCUGCAGAUCUUCCUGUAUUGGACAUCUGUAGUUUUGAGAUGAACCAGGAACACUACCUGGCCUCACUCACUGAGAAGAUGCUAAAGAUCUAUAAAUGGGAAUGAGCGGAGUGAGAGUCUCUGAAGAUGUUACUGAUGGGAGGCUGUUUUAAUUAAAGGACUCCUUUAAGGAUGUUGCUUCUGACUGAAUGUUUGAAGAGAUCUCCAGCAGGAGUAAAAUCAGCUGUCAUAAUGAUUCUGAUCUCUGCCUCUAAUCUGAAUCAAGUGCUUGUCUUCAAGGCAUCAUCCUGACUGUGAUGAGGAAAUAUGGUGACGUGACAUUGAAAGAUAAGAAGUGGAGUGACUCUUCUGUUGGCCUGAGUUUUAUUUGCAGACCCAGACCUUUUUGGGUGUGGUCAGCAUUAACAGAGCUUAUAAACUGGGCUGGUAACAGAAUCUUCAUUUAUGGAAGACUGCUUUCAUUGUCCAUAUAUAUCUGAUAUUUCCUGGUAUUUCUAAAUGUUUGUCUUUUUAGUGUUGUUUUUGUUUGUUUGUUUGUUUUUAUGCAGAUGUUUAGUUCUUCUACAUCCACAUUUUUAUCCACAAAAUGAUCAGUGAACACAGCAGAAUUUAAGAAACACAAGAGUGACCUGCCUUCAUGUUAUGGAUAUUUGUAUAUUUGUGUGGUGGCAAAUGUAUAUAUGUAAAUUGAUUUUGAAAUGUUUUGUGUGCUUGUAAUGUUUAAUAAAUACUCAGAUGUUUAACAUUAAA